AUGGAAAACGGCACGAAAACGAAGAGAAGGUCGCCGAUAAAGGUCUCCCUAUCGGAGAUCGAAGCAGCGAAGCUUCUCAUACAGCUCAGCAGCGGAGAUUCCGAACAAGAUCGAAACAGCAAUAACAAUAGCAACAGCUACAGCGUGAAUCACGAUAACAAGGUUGAUUCUGAAUAUGUAUCAUCAUCAUCCAUUUCGGCACAACCGGCGGUUACUGAGAUGUCAGAUUCUGAGGAUGAUGGAAGGUGCUUUCCGAGAAGGAAGAAGAGGUAUCGCUACGUUAAUGAAGAGUUAUAUAGAGUUACAUCUCCUUUACCUGUUAUUGAUAAAGCUAAGAUAAUCAAGAAGAGAAGAAAGUGA